AUGUCCUGCAACAGCCUGUGUGUCCCUACCUGCGGGGUGGCCACCCCGGCCCCUCUGGCUGACACCGUCAACGAGCCCUGUGUGCGCCAGUGCCCCGACUCCACGGUGGUCAUCCAGCCCCCGGCCUCGGUGGUCACCUUCCCCGGGCCCAUCCUCAGCUCCUUCCCGCAGCAGAGUGCCGUGGGCUCGGCCGGAGCUCCCUACGUGGGAGCCGGCUCCGGAGGCGCCUUUGGAAGCCGUGGGGGCUACGGGGGCUACGGGAGCCUUGGAGGCUAUGGAGGUUACGGAGGUUGGGGCUAUGGAGGCCGUGGUCUCUAUGGCGGCUGGGGCUAUGGAGGCUUUGGGGGCUAUGGGGGCUAUGGCAGCUGUGGCUACGGCGGCUUGUGCAGUGGCGACCGCUUCCUCAAUGGCAACUGCGGGCCCUGCUAA